GGGGGGCUUGGUGGGUAGGGUAAAGGUGGAGAAGGCAACACAAUGGCAGGAAAGUUGAAGAGCAUGCUGGAGAAUUUAGAUCAUUUUGUUGACCUCCUUACUUGGUCCCAUACCGUCUAUGCAAAAGACUGGGAUGUCCUAAAUGUGCAACGGGCACGCCAAUGGGGAAGUUACUUUCAGCAAGUUUACCAUCGCUUUAAGGCCAACGACCCAAUCAGAAAUGCCAUUGAAGAUCAUCUUGCAGCGAAGAAUGAAGAGCUCAAAGUUUGCUUUAAAAAUUACAAAGACAUCACUUUUAGAGACCUGGAAAAGGGAAAGGCUAUUUUGUGCAUGGCUCUUCUCCACAACAGAGCGGUGAGCACAUUCGUCUUCAAGCACUUGGUUGAGCUUCUACAAGAUUCCGACUCUGAGAAGGUUGAUUGUCUUGGCUUAUCUCACAUCACAUCUCAGAAAGUUGCUUCUGAACUUUUCCUGUCACUCCCUGUGUUUGUUUGUGAAAGGUCACAGAAGCCCUUGGAUGACCCUGUGUUAGUUACACAAGCAGACUUCCUUGGGAGCAGCCUCCAGAGAAGAAUGAAGAAAUUAGAUGAUGACCAGAAAUUGUCUGCAGUGUCAGAUGUUCUUUGCAAGCUCCCCCAACCACUUGUGUACCACCUGAUAGCAGCUGUGUUAUCUAAUGACGCUGUAGGCGCUGAGAAUCUGGACCAUUUGCAUGACCUAAUUCUAGAAUGGCUGCUGUCAAACGAUGCUGCAUGGACUGGAUUCUUUAGUAAUGUGAACCACCAGGUCUUGGCCAAGUUGAGUUCUAGGUUUUUUAAGUUUAGGCAGACCUAUCUAGAUUACCUAGUCAAACUAGGACGUGGUAUGGAGCAAGACUUUACUUUUGGAAUGUGGGUUAGCCAGACUCCUAAACUGUCUUUCCAUGAGUUCCUUGAACAUUUUAGAUGUCUCUUAAGAGGACCUCAGGACCUUAGAGCAUGCACAUUAACCACACUUCAGAUGUUGAAAUGUCAAGAUGGGGACUAUGAGGUGUCUGGAAUCAGUAUAUGGACCGAUAUAUUAAUGGAAAUAAACAAAUCCUAGCA